AUGCCCCAAUAUAUACGAGCUAUUCAGGAUUUAAAUGGCUCAAGGUUACCGCAGAUCGACUGCAUGAUCUGCUUUCAAUCUGCGGCCAAUCUGCUUCAAGAUUCCGGCACCUGGCGCUGCUUUCAAUCUGCUGACUAUCUGCUUCAACAUUCCGGCACCAGGAUCUACUUCCAAAAUGGAACUUACAUGCAGACACAGAUGGCUGCGUAUUUGGAAACAGAUCUAUGCCGUUGGAAGGACCAGAAACGUUCUAGGAUGUGGCUAAAUUUAAUAGGAAAUCAAAAAUUAUUCAGUUUGGAUCUGGUCCGAGUGUACAAAAAUUAUCGUGUUUGUCAUUCACACUUCAGGCCGGAAGACAAAUCUUCAAAUAUGUAUUUAAUAUGCAGCACACUACCAUCACAGAAUUUGCCACAGAUUGAGAAUUUGGAAAUGGCACCCGGUACAUCAAAAAUAUUAAACGUUGAAGAGAUCCCGAGUACAUCAACUACUGUGGAGAUGCCGACUACAUCGAGUGGAAUAUUGAAUAUUGAGGAAAUGCCGACUACAUCGUCGGAAAUAUUGAAUUCAUUACCGGGUACAUCAACGGGAUCUGAAACAGUACCAAGUACAUCGGCAUCUGAUAGUGCAUUGGCUUCGCAUGUGAAACGUACGUAUACUAAUUUGUUUGAGAAGCAUGCAAUAGUGUGUGAUCAGGGCUCGAACAGACAAAUAUACCUAAGAAACGAACAAGAACCCCGUCGCCGUAUGUUAAUUGCUAAUUCGGAGAUUGUGCCUCUAUACGACGUGCCGCACCUAUUAAAAGGAAUCAGAAACAAUUUAUUAAAAAAGAAUUUAAUAUGGAUCACACACGAAGGACGGGUUGAGGCGAAAUGGGACGACGUUGUAACGGCAUACAAGAUUGAUUUAUCCAGUGGACGCCUUAGACGUCUACCACGAAUAACGGAGGGCCACGUUAUUCCGGAUAAAAUAAAUAAAAUGAAAGUUAUACACGCGGCACGUAUAUUGAGUUAUUCAAUGGCCCUGGCCAUUACUUAUAUGGCUCAACAUAACGAAUCGGACAGUAGCGGAUUAUACACAAUGAGGACAACAGCUUUCGGGACGGGGGAGAUUAUUAACUUCUUCGACGAAUUGUUUGACAGCAUCAAUGGAAAUACUUUAAGGGAUCCAAGAG